UACAAAAUAGUAAACAACAUUUUUGAGCAAAGAGAAUGAUUUAUUUAUUCAUAUCACUAAGAGCAUUCGCGAUGCGAACGGCUCUGUAUCGAUUAUUUUCCGGUUUUGUUUUAUUUUUCGUUUUGCCAUUCAGCAGAAACCGAAAAACGAAAGAUAAAAACGCAACUCAGUUGGCCGAGUGCUCGCUCUUAGCCAGAUUCGGAGAUCGAGGGAGCUGAGCCGAGCUGAGCGCAAAUGUUUCAAGUCGGAGAUUUUCGAGAUUUCGAGAGUUGAAACAUUUUCCGCCCAUUAAGUUUUUUUUUAAGGCGCACGGCGAGAACGGCUCAGUCUCGAUUGUCAGCUUGUCGUGAAUGGUUUUUUAGCACACACGCGGACCACCGGGCACCGGAGCUAAAAAUCGCGCUUAAGUUAUUUAAUAACAACAACAUCGUUUGCACAUAUCUCCGCAUCGCGAUAUAUACACAUAUAUACAAAUACGACAUACGACAUACGGCGUGUGUGAGUUUGGUGUUGUUAUUCUGUGAGUCUGCCAGUGGUUGUGUGUGUGUGUGCGUGUGUGUUUGCCAUUGUUGCCAGGGGUGGAAAGUGGGCAGUGGGGGAGCUGAUCUGACUGAUUUGUUAUUUUUGCAUAAAUCAAUUUCGAGAGCGCGCGCCAUCAAUUUCCGUGCGCGCUGAUCUGUUCUAGAUGAUGUCGCAUGCGCGCCCGAAUCGAGUUUGUCGCCUAAGUCUUUCGUUUGCGCACUGAAACGCGCACCAGCAUACAUUUCGCACUUGCCUCCCCCUUCCCCUCCUCCGAUGGCGCUCACGAACUUCUCGCUGCCCUUCGGCGCCCUGGGUCAGCCGUGGGGCGUGACCCUGGCGCCCCUGCAUCCGAUCCACCAGCUGGCCAGCAACACCAACAACCUGCUCUACUCGCCGGCGGACCACCAGCAGCAGUCUCCAGCGGAGGCCCAAGCCGAUCCAGAGUACUUUAAGAACAAUCCCUACGGACCACCGCAGUCGGGUGGCUAUCAGUAUCAGAACACCGCUGGGCGGCGCAAGCAGAGCAAUGCCUACUUGCCACCAACGGCGCCAAAUGCUGUUAGGAAUUCCGUCUACCACAUACAGCAGGUGCAGCAAGUGCAGCAAACGCAACAGCAGCAGCAGCAACAUCAACAGCAGCAGGAUCACAAUGAGAACAGCGUGUCCUUCCAGAGCUCCAGCUCCAGUUCCAGUUCAAGGUCGAGCACCACCACGGGCCAAAGUUCCAUUCAGCUGACUCAUUCGAGUGGCCGGGGUCCGGCGGAGGGUUCCUACUCCCGUUAUCCCGGCCAGCCAGCUCAACCGCAGCAGCCACAGCAGCAGCAGAAGCAGUACUUCAAUGCCCAUGGCAGUGCCAGUGCCACUUUCACCAAGAACAGCGGCAGCUUUAGUAUUACCAGCUUUGGCAGCAGGCAGCAGCAGCCGCAGCAACCGCAGCAACAGCAGCCGCAGCAGCAGCAGCAACCACUGCCGCAACAAUCACCGCCAUCGCAGCAGCAACAGCCGCCACCUGCCCCGCCGCCCCAGAGGUCGAGGCAGGCCAAGCCGGAGGUUCAGCCAGCCCAGACCUACGGAGUCGCUCCGCCGGACAAUUAUCCGGAACGAGCUCCGGGCUUCACGAGGGUCCAGGCGGGCCAGGGCUCCAGGACCCAGGUGCACGCUGUUCUAGAUUACGACGUGGAGGAGGGCGAGGAGGAUGAGGAGGAGGACGGCGAGGAGGAGGGACAGUACUACGAGGGACAAGAGAAGGAUAAGGCGAAUAACAAUCAGAUGCCCACGGUGACGCCCAUCCAGGGACCCAUUUACCUGAAGAACGGAACAGUGCCGGUGGUGCCGCUCUUCUCCUAUCCGAAACUCAACAACGGAACGUUCCUACAGAUUCCGAUCUGGUGGACGGCUCUGUCGGUGGCUUUGGGACUGGACGUGCGGGGCGAUGUCAUCAAGGGAGUGCCCUGCAUCAAGCGAUAUCAUCAGCUAUUCUGCCCCACGGCCGGCAACAGUUAUCCCAUUGACAAAAUCGAACGUUUCAUAGAUGACAACAAGGCUUUAAUGCGAAGGAUGUACGGCGAUUUCGAGAUGAAUAUGGAAGGUCCUGGCGGAGGAGGAGGAAGACAGCAAGCCAAGGUGCGAAAACGACGCUUCAUAGACGAGCCAGAUAUUUUCAUUCCACCCGGAGCAUUUGCCGCAAAUGCUGGGGAAACCGUCGAAGCCGGAGAUAGUUACUUUGGCCAACUCCGGAAAAAACGGCAAGCAGCCGCCGGAGGAAAUCGAAAUAGAGCCGGAGGAAGUGCCAAUGGGAAUACGAAUAGCAAUAGAUCACCAGGAAAUGGGAAUGGCAAUUCGGGCACUGGGAGACUCGAUGCCUGCGAGUCGAAGAUCGAAAUUGUCACACCCUAUUGGGCAUCGAAUUCGGCGGGGAAAAUCAGGGCCAUUGUAAAUACACAACAUUUCGAACAGGCCAUUCAUCAGGAGGUGUGCAGCAAUACUCAAACCCCCCGUUGCGAGGGCGAAUGUGGAUGCGAACAGAAGUACAAAUGGCAUCGACUGCUCGCCUACGAUCCCGACAACGAUUGCAAGGGCAUUUUUAUGGAUUGGUUCCUGUUUCCUUCGUGCUGUGUCUGUAGAUGUAAUCCCUAGAUCACCUGACUCUGAGCAAUUAAUAAUUAAACACAAUUGAUAAAUGUAAUUGAGACAAGUAAUUGUAGGUAGAAUGCCACUGAAUGUAUUUUAGUUGUUGUUAAGUAGACCUUACGUAAGACCUAAUCGGUAGCUCUAGUUAAGAUCGAUUCUACAUUUAGUUAAGGUUUUAUACGAGCCAUAUGUAUAUCUCUUCACUUCCCGUCUUUAUUCCUCCAUCCACAUGCGAUAUUGUUCAACCUCCAUUUUUUUGUACGGUAAUUGUAAUUGUAAACGUAAUUGUAUAACGAUUCAAGUGAAUAAAGUCUAUGCAAAAAUAAACGA